GCUUGCUAUGCUAGGCUUUCCAGCACGAAUUUUCUGUGAGGGGGAAAAUGCACAAACACACAUACACACAAUCAAUGUAUGAACGUCAUUCCGUUAUGAAAGCACACAACAACAACAACAACAACAGCAGCAGCAACAGCAACAGCAAUAACAAGAGCCUAUCCAUCCAACAAUGCCAUCGAACAUUUUGAGUUCUGUAUCAAAUAGCAGUUGCCCCUAAAUCAGACAGGUUCUGCCGCUCGCAGCAUGAACAUUUGUUUUCUUCAUCGCGGCACGUUGCUCGCGUAAAAAAAACUCAGUCAAUUUCAUUUUCAAUCCAAAUGGUACAUGAUUAGACACUCCGAAACGGAAAUAAACAAACAAAUGCUGUCGUUUCGAUUAAAAUCUCGAAAUGGUUACCUCAACACAUACAAGUGGAUAAAUUUAAUUUAAUAUUCAAACUGAGUGAUUCCACGUACGUUUAACGGAUAACAAUUUGAACUAACAACAAAUGCGUCUAUUCAUUAUUAAUUCAUUUCAAUUGACUGAUUCAAUCUUCGGCCUUUUACUCAUAAAUUGCGGCAGAAAACCGAAUUCCAAUUAUUUUUCUAUUGAUUAUUUGCGAUCAAAAUAGAAAACAAUAGUGCGUACAAUUGCUUCUUUAACAGCAAUAACAUCAAAACAAGUGUUAUUUAGACCGAGUAAUAUAAAAAAAAUGACAUCCAAUGUGUAAACAAAUUACAAACUAAUUAAUUAAAGUGUGUAAGUAACGGUUUGACGGUAACGAACACCGAAUUUCGAAUAAAAUAAAACGAGAACCAAAAAAUGACGCGCAAGAAAAAAAACUUACAUCAAUUAAACAUUGAACCAACGAUUAAUAAAUCAAUUUCAAUAUUAUGCCAACGAAUAAACGUGGCUUAAUGUAUUCGUUCGUUCAGUAUCGUUGUGAAAAAGCAAGAAGCUCAUUUUGUGACGAAUUUUUACAUCAAAUGAUAUCAAAAUUCAAAUAAUUUAUUUGAGGAUAACACGAUACACACACACACUGGAUAUACCGAACGAAACAAAAGACAAUCGAAAAGUUUUUAUCUCGAUUGCCAUACAACACAUGCAUAUCAGAUAACAAAUUAGAAACGACCAAUAAGAAUAUGAAAAUUCGAAAUACAUAACAACAACAAAAAUAUAAGUGGAAUAAAGGACAACGAUCGAAUAAAAAGUAAACCUAUAGAAAAUUGUAGCCAAUUUGUAUGUGGAUUUCUGUCUGAGACCAUAAAUUGAAGAAGAAAAAAAAUUCAGUCGAGACAGAGUUGAUUGACAUCACAAUAAAUCAACAAUAAAUCCAAUUAGAUGAUAUACAUACAAAAAAAAAACUAUCAAUCCCUCAAAGUUAAUAAGAAAAGAGAAACAAACACCUCAAAAAUAGUUUAAUAACAUUGUUCGACUACGUGUAAAAGGUUGUUUUUACAUUUAUAAUUUAGUAUAAACGAUUGAUACGGAAUAAUUUUAUUUGAAUGAAAUCGACCAAAUACAUCAAAAACUGACAUCCGAAUCAUACACACAUUCGAAACGGAAGAACUAAUGGUGAUUUUUCAAAAAAAAAAAAAUGAUUUUGAAUGAAAAAUAGUACAUGGAAAUAGAAGAAAGAGGCACCAAUAGAGGAACCAAUACAACAAACCACGGAGUAACAAAAUUCGAACGUAUUUAAAUUGUGUACAGUGUUUGGUGUUUAAUAAGAAUCGAAAACCGUGGCGACUACUGACGUUCAUAAUUCAUUACCGACUGAAGCAACAAUUGACUUGACCGACGGCAAUGGAAGACCUGACGAGGUACAGUUGGAUGCUGAAAUGGAAAAAGUAUUUGCCGGACCGGGUAGUCGAGAGAAUAGGCAAGACAAAUUCAAUGUGGCACAGCUCAUCGGCGAUAGCGAGACAGGAGAACGUGAUGCCCGACUUAAGGAUUAUGACAGCGAUUCUCAUCGCAGUCAAUCGGUUUCACAUGCCGCACGUAAACCACUUCUUAGCUCAAUGAAACGAAAAGACUCGAAGGAAUCAACUUCUACGCCAUCAGCAUCGUUCGAAACACCAAGCCCAACGUCAACGGCAACAGGUACACCCAUAACAUCACCCCAAAGAGAUCUAUCGAUUCGAGAGGAAAGCAAUGAGGAAGCGAUUGUGUCUGAACGAGCCGGUCACAGCGAACCACAUUCCGAUUCGGAUGAUACGGAUGAACGACGCGUGCAAUUCAACAAGGCAAAAUUGAAAAUUGAGGCAACCGGUGAAAUUGAAGAAACGGAAAUGGCUGAAGAUGUUGACGAGGAAAAAUCAGAGGAAAAAGAUAAGAAAAAACUCAAAGGGCGUCAUCAACAUUAUAAGCGACGGAAGUCCUCAAUUUCACGACCUCGUCCUCAUAACCGAUCAAAUGAAUCUGUCCGUCCCGAAGGUCGGAUAUCGGUACAGCCCGAAGACCAUGUUCUUAAGGAAUCGCAUAUGGAUGACUUAAUGUCACAUCGUUCCGAUGAUCCGCGAGCUCUACGUCGUCAUCGAAUUGCAGCAAGUGAAAAAUUGCGUGCACAAUCAUUACUAUCAUCGCCAUCACCGAAAAAGCAAUUCGAUCAUAGUCCACACGAGGUAUUUGUUCAACUUGACGAAUUGCAGGGCAUGGAUGAAUGGAAAGAGACAGCUCGAUGGAUUAAGUAUGAAGAAGAUGUUGAAGAGGGCUCAGAUCGAUGGGGUCGUCCGCACGUUGCGCCAUUGUCAUUUCAUUCAUUGCUCAAUUUACGUUUGUUCCUCGACCAAGGAAUCGUUUUGCUCGAUUUGGAAGCGCGAGACUUUCCGUCUGUUGUAUACAAAGUCCUUGAAACGAUGGAAAGCAAGGAACUAAUUCAUCACGAUGAUUUGCCGAAAUUGUUGCGAGCACUUUUACUUCGACAUCGACAUGUUAAUGAAAAUACAUCGGCAUUUCCAUUUGGUUCGCGACGAAAAUUUAGUAGUUACACAAGCUUACAGCAUUUAUGGGAUGAUGAAAUGCGUAAUUUAGCAAAUGGCAGUUUAAAUACGUGUGGUAGCAAUAAUUUCAAUAAUAUUCACAACAACAAUUGCAAUGGAAUCAACGGGCACGGUGAUGAAGCUUGUAUAAAUAACAAUCAUAACAAUCACCUGAAUCAAUGCAAUGGAUCUGAUAAAAUACCGUCCGAACUGUUUGCUAUUUCAUUUGGCGAACGAAUGCGACGACAUUCAUCAAUGUCUCAUCGAAUCAGUUUGUCAAACGAUUCUAAGCCGAAAAUUGUACCAGCUUCCGAAAUCAAUGGCCAUGCUGGGAGUAUUUCAACAGGAGAUACCCGUAUUGAUAUGCGUGAAGAAACGUAUUCAUCGUCUCAGGAGGAUUUGAAACGAUUGCAAAACGAUUCGAUUCUAAAGCGAAUCCCACCGGGAGCUGAAGCCACUACAGUUUUGGUUGGUUCAGUUGAUUUUUUAGGUCAACCGACCGGUGCAUUUGUUCGUUUGGGUGAAGCGAUUCAUAUACCUGGAAUAACGGAGAUACCAAUUCCGGUGCGUUUCAUAUUCAUUUUAAUGGGACCAAAAUUGAUUGACAUUGAUUAUCAUGAAGUUGGACGUUCGAUUGCCACAUUGAUGUCAAACGAUAGUUUUCAUCGAAUUGCUUAUAAAGCAGACGAUCGAAGAGAAUUAUUAUCGGCGAUAAAUGCAUUUUUGGAUGAUUCAAUUGUGUUGCCGCCAGGAAAUUGGCAAAAUGAAGAUUUGUUACCAUUUGAAGAAUUAAAAGCGAAAAGUGAAUGGAUUCGUUCACGCAAAGCGAAAGCAUUGCAACUAAGAAAUCGUGAAAAAAGCACCGCCACAUUGGACGAUGAGAAAAAAUUGCUUGCGGCCCAGGAAGAAUCGAGUGACGUGACAAAAGGUAGAUCACGUAAAAAACGAGAUCCACUUGAACGAACCAAUCGACCAUGGGGUGGAUUAAUAAACGAUAUAAAACGUCGAUAUCCAAUGUUUAAGAGUGAUAUUACAGAUGGUUUGAACAGUGAAACAUUAGCUGCAACAAUUUUUAUGUAUUUUGCUGCACUGUCAACUGCCAUCACGUUCGGUGGUUUGUGCUCCGAAAAGACACAAAAUUUGAUUGGUAUUCCGGAAACGUUGUUGGCCGCUUCUGUUGUUGGUAUGAUAUUUCACACAUUAUCGGGUCAACCAUUAACAAUAAUUGGCACAACCGGUCCAUUGGUUUUAUUCGAUGAAGCACUCUACAAAUUUUGCUCUUCAAAUAAAUUACCAUUUCUAACGAUACGUGUGUACAUAAGCAUUUGGAUGAGUGUUAUAGCCCUCAUUAUAUCAGCAUUCGAAGGAAGUGUUCAUGUUCGAAAAUUCACACGAUUCACACAAGAAAUAUUCUCGGCACUCAUUACAUUGAUCUACAUUGUUGAAUCGAUGAUGAAGGUACUCAGUGCAUAUGAAAGACAUCCAUUAAUGGAGGAAUACAUCUACUCUUCUUGGAUUUCAAAUAAUGCAUCAUUAACUGAUUCAACUGCAAAAACCAAUACAACUGAUUUGAUGAUAUCAACGCAAAAUUUAAAUGUUACAUCUCAUUUUAAAGGUUUAAAUUCAUAUGAGAAAGGAGCAAAAGUGAAUCAACCGAAUACAGCAUUGUUUUGUACAUUCCUUACACUUGGAACAUUUGCUCUUGCAUAUUUCUUGCGAAUUUUCCGUAAUUCACACUUCCUCGGUCGAACGGCACGUCGUGCACUCGGCGAUUUUGGUGUUCCAAUUGCAAUAGCCGUAUUUGUGCUGAUUGAUUACUUUUUACCAUCGGUUUAUACGGAAAAAUUGCGUGUACCUGAAGGACUGGAACCGAGUGACACAACAAAACGUGCAUGGCUUAUACCAAUGGAAUUGGAUACUAUUCCUAUAUGGCUUCCGUUUUCAUGCGGUAUACCAGCAUUAUUAGUAUACAUAUUAGUGUUUAUGGAGACGCAAAUAUCGGAGUUGAUUGUCGAUAAGCCGGAACGAGGUCUUAAAAAAGGAUCAGGCCUACAUUUGGACGUUGUUUUACUUAGCUUUUUGAAUAUGGUGUGCGGUUUCUUUGGAAUGCCAUGGCAUUGUGCAGCAACUGUUCGUUCCGUGACACACGUAUCAGCCGUGACAAUAAUGUCAAAAACUCACGCUCCCGGCGACAAACCACAUAUCACUGAUGUUAAAGAGCAACGAGUAUCCGGUUUAUGUGUAUCAAUUAUGGUUGGUUUAUCAGUUACAGCCGCUCCCUUGCUUCGAUUGGUUCCGAUGUCGGUUUUGUUUGGUGUAUUUUUGUACAUGGGUAUCGCCUCCAUGUCAGGUGUUCAAUUCUUUGAACGUUUGGGAUUAAUCUUUAUGCCAGUCAAAUAUCAUCCACCCGAACCGUAUGUUCGUCGUGUGCAUACGUGGAAAAUGCAUUUGUUUACAUUUGUGCAAAUUGUUGCAUUGGUGAUACUGUGGUUGGUGAAAUCGUCACAAGCAUCUUUAGCGUUUCCAUUUUUCUUAUUAAUGACGGUUCCGCUGCGACAGUAUUUAGAACGUUUCUUCAAACCGCGUGAAGUGCAUGCGCUUGAUGGUAGCAAUCAGUCGAUGGAUCCAUGUGACGAGCCCGACUUCUAUGAGCAAUCAGGGAUUCCAGCAUAGUUCAUUGGACGAUCGAUCGAGGUACAGGAUGUAAAAGAAAUGAACCAGAUUGUAUUUUGCAUUAAAUGGUGCCAAAACGAGCGCAAUAUUCCCCUCCCCCCAUUGACAGUGUGAUAGCAACUUAUGGAAGUAUUCGAACAAACGAAAUGAAAAUAAACGGAUGGACGAGAAUGUUUUGCAUUUGAUAGGAAAAUAAUUUGCAAUGAAUAUAAAUACACCUGGUAACAAUUCUUUUUUUGUAUACCAAUUGCUCAUUUGUUUGAUGUGCUAAAGAAUGGACAAUAGCCAAAGCAUCUAAUAAUAAUUAUAUUUUUCUUGGAUGUUAGAUAAAUUGAAAAUGAUUUAGAAUUAGUUUAGAAAAAAAAAUGUUAACAAUUGCCAAAUAAUCAAAUUUAAAUUAAAUUAGAGAAAAAUAAGAAACAAAGUUGACGAUGCGCAAUGAGAAGAAACCUCACUCUUAAAACUGUAGAUAGAUUGUGAAACUAAACCCAUUACUAUAUUUUUUAAAAGAAAUCAUUUCAAAUAUUCUAUUAGAACUAACAGAAUAGCGGGUAGAGAAACUUAGAAAACACAUUAAAUUAGUAUUAUAACUAAAAAAUAAUGAACAGAUAUAUAAAUAUUAAUAUAUAUUUUAAUUACCAAAAAACCAAGUGUAAAUGUUAGACUCAAAGCAGCAAAUUCAAUUUUCCGAACACAUUUUUUCUCACAAAAGCAAAUGAAUAUUUACAUAUUUUUGGAAUAAAAAUAUUUUCACCCAUUUCAAUCAAUCAAAAGAAUGUAUCAGGUGGCGUUGGCGAGGGAACAGUAAAUAGUUAGACAAAAAACAACAACAACAAAAUCGACUGAUUUUACGAUUGUCCGUCAAUCGUUUAGUUUUUCGAAAUAUUUGAGUGUUGAUAGGCAACUUUUCGAAAGAAAUUCAAUUUUUGGUGAUGCUUACUAUGUUUACUACAUAAAAAAAUAAACGUUUCCAUUACACAUUACUUUCGACAACAA